GCAAAAUAAAAAAAGGAGGUAAAAGUAAUUUUGUUUGUCCAAAUGAGUUGAGUAAAGUAUUUUGUGAAAUUUUGCGCUAAAAGUUGAAAUUGAGCAUGUCUAUUCUCGAGAGAGCAUCAGAAAACAUCAAUUUCCCAUCGACACGAAACCGAAGGCGAUCAUUAUUCCCCAGUGAUGAGGAUUGUGAAUCAGAAUCAGAACUCGGUCAUAUGAGCCCAUUAAAUUACGAGCCAACAUCAGACCAGGAAAACGGUUCCAGCAAAUCUAUAGCAGAUUAUGAGAUUUUAGGAUUUGCCAAAAAUAGCUUAGAACACACUCCUAAAAGAUAUAAUAACUCGGACAAUAUAAUUAGCCCGAACACAGAGUGUAUGGAAACUUCUAUAGCCGAGACUCCUUCUAAGACUCCCAGGCCUUUCAAUCUAAUGACUCCCCACGACGCUUCUAAUACUAAUUCCAAGUUACCAAAGCUAUCACGUCGCAAAUCAGUGGUAGAUUCAGACGCUUACUCUAACUCCAGCAAAAGAAAACUAUCACCCGAGAUAUCCCCUGAGCAAAACAAGCAAAUGAAGCUAGACCCCAAAUGUUCUCGCGUGAGAACAAGCCUAUUUCCCGAAGAAAACUUGACUCUAUCCACUAAAAGUUUCUAUCCCAAAUCGGAGGACAUUCUCACAAAAAUCAUGAAUAAAAAGGUCGCGGCGCAAAAAUUAUCUAUUUCAUUUAAAGUAAACAAACACCAUAGGAGGCCCCUAAAGAAAAUAGGACAAAUAAACGCCGGUGUAACGCACAAAAUCCGCAAACCGAGACAACGAAAAAUAGUCAAUUUUCCAAAAAAAAUCACGAAAUUUGGAAAGGAAAACGGAGCACUUAUAGACUACAUUAUGGAUCUUAAAGAGCUCAAUUCAAACGAACCAACUAAAUUAAUCAAGAACAAGGACAACGAGAGUACCUCGCAAAAAUUAAUAACCCCUGCGGUAGUUCCCCAAAAGCCUGUACAAACCGAAAGCGCUUCGAUCAAAACAGCCAUCGAUCCGGAUACAUCGAGCAAAAAAUUCUUCAAGCUCGCAAACUCGAAGGGCGUCGUUACGCUAAACAAUCACAUCCAACUCGCCGUGGACCACGGCAAGGUAAACAUUUUGGACAAAUCCGGAAUCAACUACGACACGAGCGAUUUGAACGUAGAAGACGACAGCUUUCCGGAAACCAAUCUCACCAACAUCCUAUCGUGCCUGAGCGACGACGAAAACGACCCUCCGCCAGGCAAUACGCUAGUCCUGCAGGCCACGAGCUCCGUCCUGGCCUCGGACAACUCCAUUUUGCUGCACCAGUCCCGCCAGGCGGACCUGUUGCUCUCGCCGAUAUCCCAAAUGUGCGACGUGACGUCCGGAUUGGCUCUGGACACGCCGAAGAAAGGCAAGAACUUGAACCCCGUCUUGGAGGGAAUCCAACCUAUUCCCAAUGGUGCCCAGCAAAAACGCUGCAAUUCCUUCCCCAUAUCUUACCAUAAAGAUCAAGAAACUGCGGAUAAGAGGGAGAAGAAAGUUAUCGUUAAGAAACGUAAAUUAAUCAAGACCGAUGAUAAUCAAUUGAUCAUCGAUGCGGGACAGAAGAAAUUCCGUUUGGAGUGCCGGGACUGCGGGUUUGUUUACAACGAAGAUGAUCCCGAUGAUGAGAUGAAGCAUUUGAGCGUGCACAAUGCCAAGCAUGUCUUCAGAUUUCAAGGCUGGAAGAAUGAGAAAAUUGUGGAUGAUUUUCUGAGCGACGGUAGGAUUAUCCAAAUCCUCCCCGGUGAUUCCCCUGUUUGGUUCAGAAAAGUAGAAGAUUUGUUAAACUUGAUUAACAUUGAACUGGGAUGUCAAGGCAUGGAGAUGAAAUUAACCGAUUGCCAGACAUAUUUGUAUAUUAAGAAGAGGAGUAUAAUAGGAUGUCUAGUGGCUUCAUCUCAGCGAAAAGGUUACAAAAUGCUCUCCUCGGCUGAAGACACGACUGAUUUGUGUUCAGAAACUGCGUAUACUAUAAAAUGUGGCGUUUCGCGAAUCUGGGUUUCGAAUGCUCAUAGGAAAUUAGGCUAUGCUAGGAAAUUGAUGGAUUCGAUGCGGAGACAUUUCGUCAAAGGGUACUAUCUUCAGGACUCCGAUAUAGCUCUAAGCUCUCCCACACAAGCCGCUAAAGGAUUCGCCGAGAAAUAUUUCAACACUAAACAGUACCUCGUUUAUUUGUAACGGUUUUAUUUAUGCAUGUUUUAUACGAUUCGUUUUAGGCCAUUUUAAAUUUAAGCUCACGAAAUGUUUGAAUUUGUAAGUACAAAAUAACUAAUUUAAUUUUUGUAGUUUUUUUAAUAAAAUGUGUUUGAAGUA